AUGGCCUCCAAGGACGAGCCCAACCGCAGCAAGUCUUACGACCCCAAGAAGCCUCACAUCACUGAGACUCCUAUGACCAGAGCAAACUGGUACAAGCACGUCAACUGGCUCAACGUCUUCCUGAUUGUUGGCAUCCCCUUCAUCGGUUGCGUCCAGGCUUUCUGGACUCCUCUUCACCUCAAGACCGCCAUCUGGGCAGUUGCCUACUACUUCGCCACUGGUCUCGGUAUCACUGCCGGCUACCACCGUCUGUGGGCACACACCUCAUACCAGGCUACUCUUCCUCUCAAGAUCUUCCUCGCCGCUGUUGGUGGUGGUGCUGUUGAGGGCUCCAUCAGAUGGUGGGCCCGCGACCACCGCGCUCACCACCGCUACACCGACACCGACAAGGACCCCUACUCCGUCCGCAAGGGUCUUCUCUACUCUCACUUCGGCUGGAUGCUCAUGAAGCAGAACCCCAAGAGAAUUGGCCGUACCGACAUCUCUGACCUCAACGACGACCCUGUCGUUGUUUGGCAGCACAAGAACUACCUCAAGGUUGUUUUCUUCAUGGGUCUCAUCUUCCCCACUCUCGUUGCCGGUCUCGGCUGGGGUGACUACCUCGGUGGUUUCAUCUACGCCGGUAUUCUUCGUAUCUUCUUUGUCCAGCAGGCCACCUUCUGUGUCAACUCCCUUGCCCACUGGCUCGGUGACCAGCCUUUCGAUGACCGCAACUCUCCUCGUGACCACGUCAUCACCGCUGUCGUCACCCUUGGUGAGGGCUACCACAACUUCCACCACGAGUUCCCCUCCGACUACCGCAACGCCAUCGAGUGGCACCAGUACGACCCCACCAAGUGGUCCAUCUGGACCUGGAAGCAGCUCGGCCUUGCCUACGACCUCAAGCAGUUCCGUUCCAACGAGAUUGAGAAGGGUCGUGUUCAGCAGCUCCAGAAGAAGAUUGACCGCAAGCGUGCUGAGCUUGACUGGGGAACUCCCCUCGAGUCUCUGCCCGUCAUGGAGUGGGAUGACUAUGUUGAGCAGUGCAAGAACGGUCGUCAAUUAGUGAGUGUCGCAGGCAUCGUCCACGAUAUUACCGACUUCUUCAACGACCACCCUGGUGGCAAGGCCAUGAUCCGCUCUGGUAUCGGCAAGGAUGCUACCGCCAUGUUCAACGGUGGUGUCUACUUCCACUCCAACGCUGCACACAACCUGCUCUCCACCAUGAGAGUUGGUGUCAUCCGUGGUGGUAUGGAAGUCGAGAUCUGGAAGAAGGCCCAGCAGGAGAACAAGGAUGCCUUCAUCGCCAAGGACUCGAACGGCCAGCGUGUCGUUCGUGCUGGCCUCCAACCCACUAAGGUCUUUGAGCCUUCUGCCUCCGCUGGCGCUGCAUGA